AUGGCGGAUCAAGCAAACAUAUCUUCGAUUCUAGCUGCACUAGCUGCACAACGCCCUGGAGGCACACCAAGUCAAGUUGCGCAACCCGUGCCACAAGCCGGUCUCUCUCCCGUUUACCCUAGCAACCUUGCGACAUCAACUCCUCCGGCUGGCUUUGGUGGCUUUGCGCUUCCCCAGCCCACGAACACUGGUAGCCUUGAUCUCAGCAGCAUUAGACCAGUCAAUUCUGGUUCUGUUAGCAUUGCGGAUGCAAUCGCGAAAGCUAAAGGAAUAGCGGCCGAGAAAGGAUUGUCUUCCUAUGAUCCGAGCCGCGGCAGUGGAGUUACAAAUCGUGAUAGCGAUCCCAGAUUGGCCGGUCGUUCCUACCGCCGCUCUCGAUCCAGAUCUCGUUCGCCCACGCGCAUGCCCCGAGAGAGUUUCCGGGAUAACUAUAACCCUUACCGCGACGAACGCCGAGACGACCGGAGAGGCGCAAAUGGCCGUGACUAUGGCCGAGACCGCUCAUACUCCCCUGGACCUCGAGGUCGUCACGAUGCCACCUUCUCCCCGCCACCCAGCCGGAGCUAUGGCGGUCGUGGUGACCGUUCACCCCGAGGAGAGCCCGCCGAUGACAAUGUCGAAACCAUACAGAUUGAAUCUGGAUUGGUUGGCUUGAUCAUUGGUCGACAAGGCGAGAAUCUGCGCCGUGUGGAGAGCGAAACAGGUACUAGAGUCCAGUUUAUUACCGGUCCUGACGCGAUGGGUCCUAUCCGACAAUGCAGAAUAAAUGGUACUCGAGCUGCGAGAGCCGAAGCAAAGGCCGAAAUUUACCGCAUUAUCGACGAAAACGGCAGUGGUCCAAAAGCAACAAGCGUGCGCCCCCGACCAGGAGUUCAUCAGCCAGCUCUUAGAGAAGGCGAAGACAGCAUGCAGAUCAUGGUUCCUGAUCGUACUGUUGGAUUGAUUAUCGGCCGCGGCGGUGAGACAAUUCGCGACCUCCAGGACCGCAGUGGUUGCCAUGUCAACAUUGUUGGAGAGUCAAAGAGCGUGAACGGACUGCGCCCUGUCAAUCUUAUUGGUAGCCAUCAGGCCGCUAUGAAAGCCAAGGAUCUGAUUAUGGAAAUUGUGGACAGCGAUACCAAGACGAUGUCGGGUCCCCCUCAGCGGGAAACUCCCCGCAAUUUUGGAUAUGCUCCAAGCGCCGAUCCCUACGGCGCAGCUGACAAGGUCAACGACACAAUCAUCGUUCCGUCAGAAGCGGUUGGAAUGAUUAUUGGCAAAGGUGGGGAAACCAUCAAGGAGAUGCAGAGUACUACGAGUUGCAAGAUCAACGUUUCAGCGCCGUCCGGGCCGACCGACAUUGAAAGAGACAUUGGGCUCGUAGGGACGAGGGAUGCGAUUGAGAUGGCAAAGAAGGCUAUCAUGGAGAAAGUUGAGACUGUGCAACAGAAGAACCGUCCAAGCCGUCCGGCCGACCCAUAUGCUGAUAGAUACUCACAAGCCCAGCAGCCAUAUGGCUCUGUGCCAGGGCAAGCGAUGCCCGCACAAGCCGCAACUCCUGUUGCAAGCUCGGCCCCUGGAAACGUAACAGGAGGUGAUGGUUCCGACCCUUAUGCACCUUACGGUGGUUAUCAGAAUUAUGUUGCCAUGUGGUAUGCUGCCAUGGCACAACAACAGCAGAUGCAACAGCAGGGUCAGGGCCAAGGUGAGCAGCCAAAACCACCAGGGACCGCGUGA